AUGUUCAAGCUCGCUCGCAGCAGCCGUCCUGUCGCGGCAGCUUUCAAGGCUGCGACGCUUUUGCUGACUUCUCAAUGCCAUCAGGAAUCCUCCGUUCAGUCCAGAUUCGCUCAGCAACAGAGAAACCUGUCGAUCCAUGAAUACUUGUCUGCGAGACUCCUGAAGUCUUAUGGCGUGGGUGUGCCCAAGGGAGAGGUUGCUCGCUCGGCUGAGGAAGCUGAGGCUGUUGCCAAGUCGCUCGGAAACGACGACAUGGUUAUCAAGGCUCAGGUCCUUGCAGGUGGUCGUGGUAAGGGAUCUUUCGAUAACGGCCUCAAGGGAGGUGUGCGGGUCAUCUACUCGCCUACCGAGGCCAAGAUGUUCGCCGGCCAAAUGAUCGGACACAAGCUCAUCACCAAGCAAACCGGUGCUGCUGGCCGUCUUUGCAACGCGGUGUAUAUUUGCGAGCGCAAGUUUGCCCGUCGUGAAUUUUACCUUGCCAUCCUCAUGGACCGCGCGACCCAGAGCCCCGUCAUUGUCUCCUCGUCCCAAGGUGGGAUGGAUAUCGAGGCUGUCGCUAAGGAGAACCCUGAGGCGAUCAUCACCACUCCUAUCAACAUCAACGUUGGCGUCACUGAUGACAUUGCCCGCAAGAUCGCAACCGAUCUUGGCUUCUCGGAGCAGUGCAUUGAGGAUGCCAAGACUACCAUCCAGAACCUCUACAGGGUCUUCAUGGAGAAGGAUGCUACCCAGAUCGAGAUCAACCCUCUGUCCGAGACCUCUGACCACCAGGUUCUCGCUAUGGAUGCCAAGCUGGGCUUCGAUGACAACGCUGAGUUCAGACAGAAGGAUGUCUUCUCGUGGAGAGAUACCACUCAGGAAGAUGCCGAUGAAGUGAAGGCUGCUGAGUACGGCUUGAACUUCAUCAAGCUUGAUGGUGAUAUUGGAUGCCUGGUCAACGGUGCUGGUCUCGCCAUGGCCACUAUGGAUAUCAUCAAGCUCAACGGUGGAAACCCUGCCAACUUCCUUGAUGUUGGUGGUGGUGCUACCCCCGCUGCUAUCAAGUCCGCUUUCGAGCUCAUCACCAGUGACCCCAAGGUCACCGCCGUCUUCGUCAACAUCUUCGGCGGUAUUGUCCGUUGUGACGCCAUCGCCCAGGGUCUGAUCAACGUUGUGCAUGAGAUGGAUCUGCGCAUUCCUAUCGUUGCUCGUUUGCAGGGUACCAACAUGGAGCAAGCCCAGAAGCUGAUCAACGAAUCCGGCCUCAAGAUCUUCUCUAUUGAGGACCUCCAGAGCGCUGCCGAGAAGUCGGUUCAGUUCUCCAAGGUCGUCAAGAUGGCCCGUGACAUUGACGUCGGUGUUGAGUUCACUCUUGGCAUCUAA